GGCAGCCCUUCCUUUUCGGUGGCGUAAGCUACAGCGGCGCCCGUGGUCUCUCGGAUCCCGGCCCCUCCCCCCCCUUUUUACCGUCAAACACCACCAUGGCAGACCAGGCCCUCUCUUUCGCCAAGGACUUUCUAGCGGGCGGCGUAGCAGCGGCUAUCAGCAAGACAGCGGUGGCGCCCAUUGAGCGGGUCAAGCUGUUACUUCAGGUGCAACAUGCAAGUAAACAGAUUGCUGCUGAUAAACAGUACAAAGGAAUCAUUGAUUGUGUAGUCCGCAUUCCUAAAGAGCAAGGAGUGCUAUCCUUCUGGCGUGGGAAUUUGGCCAAUGUCAUCAGAUAUUUCCCAACUCAGGCACUCAACUUUGCCUUCAAGGAUAAGUAUAAGCAAGUAUUCUUAGGAGGAGUAGACAAGCAUACCCAAUUCUGGAGGUAUUUUGCUGGUAACCUGGCCUCUGGUGGUGCAGCUGGAGCUACCUCCCUCUGCUUUGUCUAUCCUUUGGAUUUUGCAAGAACCCGUCUGGCAGCUGAUGUUGGAAAAGCUGGUGCUGACAGAGAAUUCAGAGGUCUGGGGGACUGCCUAGUCAAAAUCUUCAGAUCUGAUGGCCUGCGUGGCUUGUAUCAAGGGUUCAAUGUCUCUGUCCAGGGUAUAAUCAUCUAUAGAGCAGCCUACUUUGGAAUUUAUGACACAGCGAAAGGUAUGCUCCCAGAUCCUAGAAACACUCAUAUUAUUAUAAGUUGGAUGAUUGCACAAACAGUGACGUCAGUAGCUGGUGUGGUCUCCUAUCCCUUUGAUACAGUGCGACGUCGAAUGAUGAUGCAGUCCGGACGUAAAGCAGCCGAUAUCAUGUACUCUGGAACAAUUGACUGUUGGAGGAAGAUUGCAAGAGUUGAAGGUGGAAAGGCUUUCUUCAAGGGCGCAUGGUCUAAUGUUCUUCGAGGCAUGGGUAGUGCUUUUGUGCUUGUGUUGUAUGAUGAGUUCAAGAAAGUCAUCUAAAAAAAUCUUACUAGAAUUGUAAGUUAAAUUGGCAGAUCAUGUAGAAUAACUUGCCAUUAUGGACCAUUGACCUUCAAAAAAUUCCUGUGCAGAGUCUUAUUUAUCGGGACCAGAUCAUGUUUAAGUAGGGCUAGAGACUGCCUUCAGUGAACUGAUAACACUUUGAGAUACCAUGAUUCAGGCAUUGAAACAUACAGCCCAGCUCACUGGGUUUGUCUUUUUUUGGUGUUAAUUGUAGUGGUAGCAGUUCUGGGUCCAAGGCAGCUGAUCUUCAGGAGCCUGAAGAUUAGCCUGAAGUUUUAAGUCCUAUCUUGCAGGACCAUAAAAUAAUGUUUUGAGAAGUAUUCAUUUAACAAAUCAUGUUUUUCCACUUGUACUUAAGCACUAUGUACUGUUUGCACAGCUGAACAUCUAGCAUUUGUGUUCUCAGAUUUGGGGCAUUCUGCGAAACAAUAAAGAUAAUUAACUGA